AUGUACUUCAAGGCACGUAAUGGAACAUAUAAGCGUGUCCCUCAGGUUCCCAACAGAUACCUAUUUGGAGACAACUUUACGACAGCGACCCAGGGCGGCUUUACUGUUUACUACGUCUCGGAUGGGCCAGUUGGGGAUUCGAUGCAGCGCGAGAAGAGGGAUGAGCAGAGGAAGUACCAGAGCUGCUUCCGCUGCUACACGGGUCCGGUCGUUGAGCCUGAUUAUGGAGGCGACCUACUGGCUCCUUGCCAGGAUCCAAGAGUCGACACCGAAGCCUUCCCUGCGAACCCUUGUCCGGGUGGCAUUCGCUCCAACAUCCUCUUCCCCACAUGCUGGGAUGGCAAGAAUCUCGAUAGUCCCAGCCACAAGGAUCAUGUGGCAUAUCCCAUUGAAGGGCCAGAUCUUUUUACUGGACGACCUAACGGCACCUGUCCGGAAAGCCAUCCAGUGAAAAUUCCACAACUGAUGCUGGAGAUUGUCUGGGACACGACUGGAUUCAACGAUGUCGCGGAGUGGCCUGAAGAUGGAUCACAGCCGUUUGUCCUCAGUAUGGGUGAUAGCACCGGAUACGGGCAGCAUGGAGACUAUGUCUUCGGAUGGAAAGACGACGCUCUGCAAAAGGCAAUGGACGCAAGUUGCUAUGGCGCGUCGUGUUCCGAUCUCAAGACACAGGAGGUUGGCCCGGCAGAUGAAUGCGUGGUGCCGGUUACUGUUGAAGAGGCUAGAGAAGGAUGGAUCACAAAGCUGCCAGGUGAUGGGUCCGGAGCCUGA